AUGGAGAUAUAUUAUCGAUUUACUUUAAGAAAUAAAUCUUUAUCCUUUUAUGGAUUAACCAAAAAUCCUGAUACUAAUGAAAUAAUGAUGGUUACAGGAUUUGCAUCAGAUGGUAGUUUACGCGGUUUUCUCGCAGAUAAUUUUUCAAAUAUAUUAUGGAAAAAAAAAUUAUCUUAUUUAAAAUGGAUAAUCCAAGAUUUAAAAAAUUUACAUGAACAAGGAAUAUGUCAUAAAGAUUUUCAUAGUGGAAACAUCUUGUUACAUAAUCAAAUACCGUAUUUAACGGAUUUCGGAUUAUCUGGCCCAGCAAAUAAAAAUUCAAAAGAAAUUUUUGGCAUAUUAACUUAUGUAGCACCUGAAGUAUUAAAAAGAAAAACAUAUACCGCCCCUGCCGACAUUUAUAGUUUUGGUAUUAUUAUGACAGAAUUAUCAACUGGUUUGCCUCCUUAUUAUAAUAAUCAGGGAAAUGAUAGGAUGCUAGCUUUGUCAAUUUGUAGUGGAUUAAGACCUGAUUUUGGUGAAGGUACUCCCGAAGUUUAUAAAGCUUUGGCUCACGAAUGUAUGGAUGCUAAUGCUAACAAGAGGCCAACUGCGGAGAAAUUAGAAAAGGCCAUAUUAUACUUAUGUGAUUGUUUGGCGGAAAGAAUUACAGAUGAGAAAGCUAAAAAAAUCAAAGCAACUUUUGAUAAAGCUGAUAAAGAAAUUCCAAAUAUUCAAUUAUUAUUCAAAAAAAAUUCGGAUUUAAAACAUAUCAGCAAACUUUUAUAUUUUAAUGAUUUACCUGAACCCGGAAAUAGUUCUCUAAAUUCUGAAUAUGUUGAUUCUGGCCAGAUCGGAAUGAAAUUAUCAGAUGAUGGUAAAUUUUUCAUUUUAUUUGAGAAUUAA